UGUAAAGCCGUAAGUGGACACAAAGGGAAAGAUGUAAAUCUAGUUUGAAAAGAGUGAUAUUGAGAAUUUGUUUUCAGGUACUUAUGUUUCAUACUCAGUCUUUACAGACGACCUCAAAAACCAUGACAACCAUCCGGGCGUUACUCACUUUCAAAAUGUCGGAUAUUACGACUUUGCAGUCACCUCACAACGUUAGCACGACAGUAAAUCAAAAAGAAAGUGGCUUAAACUCGACAUGCGCUCUUCCAAGCUGUUACUCAACUCUUCAUAUUGCCUUAGCGUCAGUAGUGGUCGUCGCCAUCAUGAUUGGAAUUAUAUUUGGAAACAUAAUGGUAAUAUUAGCCAUUCUAACAGACAACCAGUUACGAUCUAUUCAGAAUUCAUUUUUGGUUUCCCUAGCGGUGGCAGACCUAUUGGUUGGACUUCUAAUUAUGCCUUUAUGUUUGUCGUAUGAACUGAUGGGGUACUGGUAUUUUGGCGAAGUAUUAUGUGAACUUUGGCUAGCAAUGGAUGUCCUGUUAACUACAGCUUCUAUUCUUAAUCUCUGCAUCAUCAGCUUAGACAGAUACUGGUCCAUCACAAGAGCAGUAGAGUACGUUAAAAAGAGAACCCCGUUUAGAGCUGGGAUUAUGAUUGCAACCGCGUGGAUAAUAUCUGCAAUAAUUUGUCUACCACCUUUAAUUGGUUGGAAGAAACCACAAAAACCCCAUCGAUGUGAACUAACAGACGACAUCGGAUAUGUGCUUUAUUCCACAACCGGGUCUUUCUUUAUCCCCCUUAUUAUCAUCCUGGUUGUGUAUGGGAAUAUAUUUAGAGCAGCCAAAUCUCGAGCCAGACGACAUGUUAAAAAUUUGAGACGUAAACCUGCAGAGAAUAACGGUGUAUCCAUGAAUAGCAUGCCACGUGCAGAAACUAAACGAUCUAUUGGCAGCUAUUACGAGGAAAUAGAUUCAGAAUCUGGGGAACAUUCUCCACAUGCGUUAGAAAAAAAUGAGAGUGAAAUGGACACAUCUCACCCAAAACUGGGUUAUUCCUCCCAAGCAGAUCAGCGUCUACUAGUGGCAGUAGUGAUGGGCCUCGAAAGUCAUCCGACGAAUGUGUAAAACCCUCUGGCUGCACAA